CGACUGUAGCAAGCGGCGCCUGGUGCUUACAUUUCUCUUGCCAUUCAAAUUGCACAGCAGCCUCAAGAGCAUGUCCCCUCGCCAUCGACGUACAAAGCAGCGUCACAAGCGGCGUCCAGUGGCACGUCCCUGCGCCACGAAGUCGACCCUGGAACGCCGCACCGCUACCGUGGUUCGCCACUCUCUCUACUGCUGCAACCGCAUUCCUCACCUCGCCAAAGCUUCCUUACUUGCCGCCACUCUUGCUGCCGACAGUCUUCUCCCCGCCCUCGCCGAGUGGAGUUUCGCGGGCUCCGACCCGGAGUGGCGCCCGACUUUUCCGGACUGGGAUUGCAACGAAAAUGAGUACUGGAACGGGUUCUACGGGGAGCUGAACAACAAUGGGCUGCUGAUCCGGAACGCGGACGAACUGUACCAGAACCCAAAACUCGAGUUUGACCCGGGAAUCAUGGACACUUCCAUGCAACACCUGAAAGAGGUCCUGGACAUGUUCUGGCCGCUGUUCGUCAAGGCGACGAGCAGUAGUACGGAUAGUACAGCCCCCCUCGAUGAAAAUUCUGUGGCGGACGAACAAACAGGAGGCGGCGCUGUGGAUCAGUCCCUCUUCCGACUCGAAUCCUGUCCGCUGGGUGUGCUGUCCUACCAGCUUUUCCGCAUACUGCACCUAGUGAUCACGGAGAAGGGGAAGAAAGUGAAUUUAAUAUCGGGUAAGAAAACUUCUACUCCUUCGACGACGAUGAAAAUGGAACCAGACCAAGACCAGGAAAGCAUCGCCUUUUCUGCCGAUGGCGAAGCUGAAAUAAAUCCUGACUUCGACCCUAGUCCUCCUUCCAGCAAAAGCGCCCCUGCGUCUACUACGCUGCAAGAAAGCCAGAAAGUAGAAACAGACAGGACCCCUCUCUCCUCCAACUCCGCCGUCUUUCGGGACAAGUGCCGCCGCAUUCUCGAGGCCAUCGUAGAGGCGACCAACACGUUUUUUAUGCAGGACGGCGAAGACACCAGUGAUCAGUUCACCCGAACAGACUUUGCCGCCGCCCGCCGGUGGGCGGACCAGGUCUACUACCUGUUUCAGUCCGAAAUUCUUUCCCAGCAAGCGCUGCGGGCCAGCGCAGCCGAAUUCGACCGUUUGACCGCGAAAAUUCUGCGGCAGAAUCGACUGCUGGAGCAGGGAAGUAGUGAUGGAACAAGUGGAUCAGGAAAGGGCGAGCAGCAGGCCGAAACGACUGACGAGGAGGUAUACUCCACGCGACUGCACACAGCACACGAGGAGGUGACCUGGCCAACGGUUGCGUACCACACGAAGGUUGAGCAUUUGCGGGCAGAUUUGCACCUGUCGGUGCACGAAAUCCUUUUCGUUUUCCUCCGCUCCUUGAAGGAAUUAUUCGGCACCGAGUACCUGAAAGUGGAGCUGCUACUCGGCACCCGAUGGCCGGUGUUGGAGCUGCUUGGGGCGCUGGAACGGAUUCCGAAAAUUAUGGGCGAACGAGAGGGUGAGGAGGCAGUUACUGCAAAAGGACCUGCUCAGGAGGGCUUCGCAGUUAUGUCCUCGAGUAGUGAUAAAGAUCUCCAAGUACAACUAGCAGCCUCUCCUCCCCCUUGCCCAGUCGACUACGUCUUAAAUUGGCCAAAACUCCGAGAGUCCUUAUCCGAGCUCUCGCCUUUGCUCUACCCGGAAGUCUUGACGCGGAGCGAGCGGGGCGGGCUCGGCAGCUGGGCUUUCGCGAAGCAGCUGGAAGAGAAAGAUUUUCCGACUUUACCGGAAAACUCUAAGCGUCACCUGGUGCAGAACUUGCUGCGCUUUUACGAGGAUUCGUUCGGAGGAACCUUCGGAGGGGAAGCAGAAGAACAAGACCCUGGUCAACAACAUGACUCAGAACUACCUGAUCAUCAUCGUUUUCUGCCUCCGGAAGUGCAGUUUUUCUUCCUGACCGACGCGCUUUGCGACGUUCCGGUGCUGCUUCCCAAAAUGAUCCUGUCCGCCAUGCAGGUGGCCCCGACUUCAGAACCUUCGGACGCCGUCGCCAACAGGGUGGGCAUCCAGUGGCUUGCCGAGAUGAGGGAGGCGUUGUUCCUUUUCGGUGAUAUAGUACCGGAAGGAGGUGGUGGUCCAAAUGCGACCACGUCCGCUACCUUUUCUUCUUGCCCAGCAGACCUAGCCCAGUUGAUCGAGCGCGCGAAAGCGCUAGCUGCGGCGCGGGAUGAACGAACGGAAGAGCACCCGGCCACUUCUUCCGCAGCGCAGCAGGAGGAAUUCUCCCGAGCCUUGCAGUUCGAGAUGUACCGCAAACACAUCCUGGCGACCAAACUCACGGCGCCUGAUGGUGAGAAUCAUCCUGAGGGAAAUUAUGUCGAGGGUGGAAAUGAUAAUGAUGGACAUGAUCAGGUUAUAUCACCAUCAAAAAAGGUUCAUGUCAUCCAUGAUAGCGCUAUCUAUUGCAAUGAAAAAUGCCCCCACCCCAUAUCAAAACGCAAAUCUGUAUUUGUGAUGCAGAUUUGUGGUCACAAAUCAGCUUUAUCAUGCUACAAGGGAAAAGAUGCGGACCGUAGUACUGGGUUGCGUGGGAAAGCUUUGCAUCUUCAGCAUGAGAGGAGGCACCUGGAAGUGAAAAACAGCAUGACAAAUCGCCUGCAAACGAGGCCAAAACUGCGGCCCUUGGCCUUCUAGCAACACAAGUCAAUUUGUGUACUCAAAUCCAGCAUCACAGAUUUCCUUUUCGAUAUGGGGAGGGGGGAUUUUAUCUUUUGAUACUAUCAGUUUUCUGUUCACGGACUUCUUCGGCCGCGGCUGGGAGAUGGCAGAGCUGAUCUGCCUCCACGGGACACUUAUCCUGUGCAAAAGUAUCGUACUCGUAUAAAUGCAUUACAAAUUCCCCCAGCAUGAGAAAUAAAAUCUGUCAUGCGGAUUUACCAUAAGAAAAAAAUUUUGUAAUGCAUGAAUGCAAUUACUACGAGUACGAUAAUUUUUCACAGGAUAUUACUCCUGCUCGAUGUCUACAAGUACCAGGUGUGCGCCCGGCAGGCGUCGCAGUGUCUGGAACACUACCAGAAGCACUUGGAGCUGGCGCUGUUCGAGAAUUUUCAGUGGGAGCAGCAUUUGAGGGGGAAUCCCUUCCCGGUCUUCACCUUUUUGGACCGGUUGCGGCCGGCGCUGAUUCGCCACGAUUUCAAGGAUGUGGAUUUCAGUUGGAAGGAGCUGGACCCCAGAGGGGUGCAACUACUCAGUGAGGAUCUUCCGACUGCUGAUGUUGCAUCUACUUCGCAGGAGCUCGCGUUGUCCGAGCCGCUUUCUCAGCUGCUCGCAGCCUGGAAAAACAAGCAGACCAGCGAGGUAAGAGGAGCUACAACUAAAGCCGGAACUUCUACAACAACUGCAGGUUCAUCGAAAAAAGCCGUUGUCUAUGCGACCAUGGUCUUCGGAAGUUUCUUCAAUCAAUGGAUCUCCGCCUUCGUGUACAUGUCAGCCUACGCGAAGAUGCAAACCCUCGUGUUGCUGUGCUUGGAUGAAGAAGCGCACAAAAAAUGCGUCACAACCGGUAGCGACGUGAAAAAAGAGCACAACUUUGACCUGCUCUGCCUCCAGGGACGGAAAAAAACCAUUCUGCACAAAUUCACGCUCCCGCUGAUUCUCUUGAAUUGGCUACCUGCAGGGAUAGACGUUUUUUGGCUGGACUUUGACGUGUUCGUGAUGCAGAACCCGCUGAAAAGUUUGGAAAACCGGGUAGAACAGCUGGAAGUAGAUGAUACAAAUGAUCAAGACAAGAAACCGGUCGAGCUCCUGGUGUCCGCCAGUUUCGGGGACGACUGCAUCUGCACGGGCCUCGUGUUUAUCAAAUGCAAAAAUGUCUGGGUCUGGAAAGUUGUGAUGCAAGAAAGGGAGUAGUGAACUCACUCUAAUGCGCUGCCAAGCAUGGCAAGUUUUUUCCAUGGUUCUGAGUUGCGUACUCUGCAUGAGAAACUGCGUCUUUGCAUGACAGGGAGGAGGAGCUCUUCGCGGCCAUGCAACACAGAGUUCAGAGUCAUGCCAGACAAGCAUGACAAAUCUCGCAAUCUCCCAGACCCAGACAUUUUUGCAUUUGAUAGUGUUCUUCCGCAACACAAAGACCGUGAAGAACUGGCUGUGGUUUCUAUUAGGUUACUAUCAAAUGCAAAUAUGUUUGGGUCGGGAAGGUUGGAAGGCUUGUCAUGCAGGUCUUCCAAGACGCGUGAGGUCUGUCAUGCAUGGCCCAGCAUGACAGAUUUUGUCCGACCCCUAUCAUGCCCCGUCUGUAUGAGAAACUCCCUCUCAGCUGUGGUCGAAAGUGAGCAGCUUUUGGCAAUCAUGCAACACAGAUUUUUGCACUAUCCAGAAUUAGCAUGACAAGUUGCAAUCUUCCAGACCUCCCAGACAUAUUUGCAAUGCAUAGUGACCUCUACGAGCACGUUCACUUGCACGACCAGCAGUUCUUCAGCAUGUUCCUCUCCCCGAGGGAAGUAUGCAAGAAAAAAACUGUGUAAGCGUAAAUCUGUGAUGCAGAAAAUGCAAAACAGUUACACUUGUCAUGCUCGACAUGCAUGAUCGGCUCGCUCCCUAUGUGUUUUCCUUUCCUAUCUGCGCAUAACAAGUUUUUCCUGUCAUGGCAGACAAACUUGUGAUGCUGUUUUCCCAAAAGACUUUACACUAACACAGUUUUUUUCUCGGAUAGGAAGACGUGGAGAAGCUGGUGGGCUUCGAAAAAGCGUCCGCGGACAAGCUGCUCGUGAAAUACCUUUUACCUAGGCUAGAAGUUCUAUGAAAGUGCAGAACUCCCCCUCCCCCUCAUUUGCAUAGCAUGACCGGCAAUACAAGCAUCAUCAAAAGUGCCGGUUUUGCAUGACAAAUUUGCACUGGAGUGUAGUGCUACUUGGGCUACCAGAACUUGUCAUGCAAACAGUGCCAAGAGGCAAAGGGUGGAUUGGGAAUUUUGCAUGACAAAUGAGGGGGAGGGGGAGUUGUGCACUCUCAUAAGUUCCGAAGUGGGGCAUCUUGGAUCCGGUUACGGAGUUCGCCACCGCAGCGGAACUGGAGUCGACCGGGUGGAGCGGGGAGUUGAAAAACGUCGUCAUGUUUCACUUCCUGCAGGGCGACAUACGCAUUACAAAUAUGUCUGGGUCUGGUUAAGAAGGUAAGCUUGUGAUGCGCACUUCAGAUCACGCGAAAAUCUCUCAUGCAUGGACACUAGCAAAAGUUGCCCACUUCUUCUCACCAAAACACGCGAUCUAUCAUGCGGAUUAGGCAUUGAGAAACCCCCUACUUCUCAAAAUUUGUGAUGCUGAGCCCCGUGAUGUUCCAGGCCGUUUUGGCCAUGCAAAACCUGCAUGACAAACUUCUGCACUCUUCUUGAAUGAGACAUAUUUGCCAUGCAUACCACAGCGAAAUCAACGAGAGCCACGGGGAACGGGAGUACGUGGCGAAAGCGAGGUAUCCCACGAAAAAAGUUUUUCAGUUACACAUUUGUUGUCAAUUCAGCAACACAAAUUUCUCUGCAUGAAAGGGAAGACUUGCAAUGCAGAAAUACUACGGGAAAAUACCUAUGAAACGAGGCUACUAUGCAUAUCCGGAAUGACAGAGCUUGUGUGUCUUGCUUGGCCUGCAACACAAUGUUAUAACUGUAACACUUUUUUCUUGCGAUACGAGGCUGGAGGAGAAGAAAAAGUCGCCCAUGGAAGAAUUCUUCGGGCCGGGGAGUUUCGAUCCUGUGUCCAAAACGUUCAAUUGGACACGGUAUGCAAUGCAAAUAUUUCUGGGCGGUCUGGACGAAAGGUGCAAACUUGUGAUGCUCUUUUUCUCUUACACAAAAAUCUGUCAUGCACGAGAGACUGAGGAUUUCAAUUUCUCAUGCUGUCUAGGCAUUCUUUCUAUCUGUACAAAGCCGCGGUCACAUCAUUAUAACCUGUGAUGCUAGAGGACCUAGACAACUGUACAGUCCUGACCUUCUGAGGCAUGGAAAAAAACCUGCAUCGCAAACUCUUCGCUUUUCCAGACCC